AUGAAACGUAUUAGACGAUUAAGUAAACCCAGAAUGCGAAAAGAAAUCAAACCCUACGAAUGGAUGUUUACAAAAGACUUGAAAAACUUUAAGCCCUCUGAACGUUUAUUGAAAAUGUCACGACCUAAAAAGUACGAAAGCAAUGAAAAAGAAGAUCCCUUUCAUAUUCCACAGAAUGCUUUAAUUUAUAAAGCAUCCCGUCGUAUAAAAGCCCUCGCUGAACCUGCAAAAACAAGACUCAAAGUAGAAACACCCGCCGAGAGUCCCUUCAAAACAAAUAUAAAAGCCUUAAAAGCGGUGGCAUCUAAACGUGUCCAGGAAUUGGCAAAUCCAAAAGAAUAUUCCGAUUCAAAUAAUCGUUCAGAUGCAUAUCGGGUAUCACGCAAAGCAUUGCAAGCAAAAGCUACACCACGUCUAAAAGAAUUAGCCGAACCAAAGAAAAUAUCUUAA